UAGUGGGAGCGCAAAAUAAAACCGCACCAUUUGGAUGCUAUUUUUGCGCAUUUUGGUGUCGCUAACCGCCCUUCUUGCCUAGGCGAAGCGAUGAAUUUUGAAUUUGAGAGGGAGAUUGGGUUCAUCAACAGCCAGCCUUCCCUUGCUGAGUGCCUGACGUCUUUCCCCGCUGUCCUGGAGUCAUUUCAAACUUCAUCAAUCAAGGACUCGACAGUAAUUCCACCUCCUUUCGAGCACACCAUCCCCAGCCUGAGUCCUUGCACAGGCAACCAGGCGCGACCGAGGAGCCAAAAGCGAACCGCCUCCAAUGGCCUCCAGCUCCGGACGCAAGCACCACCGGCAGCGCAGCAGCACCAGCAGCAGGGCCCGGCUCCUCUGACGGGCGGCGGCCCCCUGGCUCACGAGUUCCCAUGGAUGAAGGAAAAGAAAUCGUCGAAGAAGUGCCCGAAGCCCGGAACAGCAUCGGCAGCCACUGCAGCUGCCUCUCCCUCUCCAGCAUCCUCUGGCUACGCCACCGCCGGACUCGAGUCCCCGACAGAGGUGCAAGGCGGGUUGGACAAUAGCGGCGGUUCACGGCGAUUGAGGACUGCUUAUACCAACACGCAGCUACUUGAGUUGGAAAAGGAGUUCCACUUCAACAAAUACCUCUGUCGACCCAGGAGAGUAGAAAUCGCAGCACUUUUGGAUCUAACUGAGCGACAAGUCAAAGUGUGGUUUCAAAACAGGCGCAUGAAGCACAAACGACAAACUACACACCAUCGAGACGGACAAGAGGGCGAGCCUAGCGGUUUCGAACCACUUGAAGGCGCAGAUGCUUCCUCGCCUUACUCGAACCAAGCGCUUGAGUCGUCUGGUCCUGGUUCCAGCUCAGGAUCGGCAGCAGCUUCGGAGGGUGAGACGUGCCCCACGGCCGCCUGCUAUACGAACAGUGUUGACAACAACCAGCCCACGCCCGAGGAAGGUCAGGCGGUCCAGGCAAAGUCGGCAUCUGUUCCUGACACGGCGGUUCACUCUCCACCCGUACCCACGCCCACUGCAGAUAACCCUUCCACAAUGGGCGAGGGCCGCGCAGCAGGGCCGGACCAUUCGUUCACGGAGCCGCAGGAUUCCUCUUCGCUUGCCGACUUGAAUUUCUUUUCGACUGACUCCUGCCUACACAUUUUCGGACGCUUUAUCACCAAGUCUACAGAGCUCACUGAUAGUCCCGUAGGACUUCUCUGAAGAGGAUUUUGACUUGUUUACGAGUACUCUUUGUACCAUAGAUUUACAACAUUUGCAGUUUUGAUUGACUCUAAAUUAAAAAAAGAACAAUCGAAGUGCAUCCCAUCACAGUAUUACGAAUGCUUUCCGUCUACAACAUUCCUGAAAGGAAAGACAAAAAAAACCUUCUGGGUUAUAUUCAGACAUAGUUGUGAGACGAAGCCGUAGCGGACACAAAUUAUUAAUUAUUUUGACAGUAUUACGAUGUUCUGUUCUAGCGAAUCCACAUCGGGAUUGCCCCUGUCGAGAUUCAGGUAUUUUAUUGCCUUUUGUUUAUCUGGAUUUAAGUUCGUGCUGACUUGCAGAUAAAGGUGCGGGGACUUUUUCAAUGAAACUCAAUCGUUGAAUUCUCAGGAAAUGUAUCAGACAUAAGGUUAGAUGAACUGCUUUUAGAAAUUCUCCGGAGACGGGCAUUGCCCCUGAUGAUGAAUUUUAGAACUAGUUUAUUUAUUGAGAUUCUUUAAUAGUAAAUUUCAAAUUAUUUAUUGUACAUUAUUUUCAUAGUUG